GGAAGUACAGAUUAGUAUGUAAUGAUGUUUAUGUGAAAUGUGUGGUGUAUUGUUUGAAAGAGAAUAAAUAAUUUACCUGAGGAAAUAAGUUGAAUGCUCUGGAUAUGUCGCAUUUGAGUAAGAAAGAAUGGGUUGUGUCAAUAGUCGAACAGAUAUUAAUGAUUUACAUCCAAAUGUUUUUCAAGUGAUGAAUGUAGAUGAUUUAGGUAACUUAAUUACACCAGGACGCUUAGAAGUUACAGAAACUGAUAUAGUGCUUUAUCAACGUGGUAAACAGCCAAUUAAAUGGCCUUUGCGUUGUUUAAGGCGAUAUGGCUAUGAUGCCGAAAUUUUUAGCUUUGAAUCAGGAAGAAGAUGUUCUACAGGACCAGGCAUUUAUGCAUUUAAAUGUCGCAGAGCUGCACAUUUAUUUAAUCUUGUGCAAACAAAUAUACAGGUUUGUAAUAAUAGUGGAGAUGAUGCAAUAUCUAGAGAAAUCCCAGUUACUACUCAUUCUGGUCCAACAGUAACAAGAGUGACAAUACCAGUUGAGCCUAAUUAUUUGGAUCCAAUAUUGAGUAGAACUAAUAAUCAUAUGGGGCCUAGAUUUGCUCAUAAUCAACAAAAUGGAGUUGGACGACUAGAUAGUGUGGGAAGUAGCACUGGUCUUAUAUCACCUGAAGGAAACAUGAAUUCUCCUACAUCACCUCCUGUGCUGCCACCACCACCACCACCAUCACUCCUACAACCACAUCCGUCCUCACUUUAUGUGAAUGAAGAAGUAUUAUCUUCUUUAUCAUUGGAAAUGGAAUAUAAUAAUAACAAAAGCCUUAGAAGAGCAAUACAAAGGUCUUACACAAUCAGUAAUUCUGUGUCUGAUAAUGGUUCAACAUCAUUGGAAUUGACACCUGUGAACAAAAAUUCAGAAGUAAUAUCGGAAAUUAAAUCACCAAUUUCAAUAGCAGCUUAUAUGAAUGUAGAUAUUAAUAGUGAUGUUAGCCCACUUUCUCCAACUCAUAGUGUUUCCGAAGUAAUUCAAUUUAAGGAAGACAGAAAUGAAAAUAAUGAAUCUGGGCAUGCUUAUAUAAAUAUAAAUCCUGGUCAAGAACAUGUAGAAUCUCAUGGUACUAAACCAAGACCUUCACCAUUAUCAUCUAUUCAGUCUGAUGUAGAAGAAGCAACAAGGCAUUGUUAUGCUAAUCUAGAACCAAGUGAAAUUGAAAAUUUAAGAAAAAGAUUUUCUGGAGUUUCUGUAGCAGAGAAAUCACCUUUGCCUCCAUCAACACCUACAGGUGGUCCAAUUAGAGAAGUAAACUAUGCUGUAUUAGAUUUGGAUACAAAAGAUGUACCAAUGAAUUCACCAAUAGAUGGUCCUUCAAAUUCUACUACAUCUCCUCCAGAAUCUCCAAAUAAACUGCAAAAAGGGUAUGCUACAAUAGAUUUUAAUAAAACAGCUGCUCUUUCUCAUUCAGUCAAUCCAAAUCUUGUGAAUGAUAAUGAGGGUUCAAGGAAGACACGUCACAAUUCCACAAUUAGUGAUUUAGCAGCUUCUGGUAGACGUAGUUCAUCAGUAAGUGAAUAAUCAAUUUUUUGUUUCCUGACUG